AUGUUGUCCCGCUGUCGACGAAUGCGUCUCGUCCUUGCCCUGUGCGGCUUGCGGCUCGUCUCUGCACAUAUGGCCGCCUGGCAUCCUGGGAUGUACUGUUUGAAGGGGACGACGCCAGGCAAAGACGACAGCGACACGAGCGAAAUCGUGUUCCCCUUGUUCAACUUAACAAAAACGGACUGGUGGUUUCACCACUACAACGGCUGCGACCAAUUUCCUCCUGACAAGGGCGUUUUCCUUGAAUUGCCCGCCAAUGGCAAAUUUACCGUCGAGCUGGCUGUGAAUCGCGCAUUCACAAGCUUGUCGUACGGCGGCUCUCGCGUUGCGCAGUUUGGCGAUGGGCGGAACGACAUUGGUGGGGGCGUUGACUGCAUUACUAGGAUACAAAUCCACACACAGAACGAAUCCAUGGCUGCGGGUACCGCCUUCGCCAUUUCUUACCAAUCAGAACUAUCCGCCGUAACGCCGGAGAAUCUUGUCGUUUUCACGACCCUCUUUCACACCCCCUGGAAACGCGUAGCCACCUACCAAGUGCCAAAUCUCCCCGCAUGUCCGCCAGGUGGCUGCAUCUGUGCUUGGGGAUGGGUACCUAAUGGAUGUGGCGAGCCUAAUAUGUAUAUGACCGGCUUCCGCUGUAAAGUCACGGGCAAGACUGGCUCUGCCGCCGUCACAACGCCCGCCAUCCCACCGACCUGGUGCGAGGACAAGCCUAAUAGGUGUACCACGGGUCCUCGACAAAUGAUCUUCUGGAACCAGCUGGACGGAAACAAUAUCGAUGUGCAGGGCUUCGAUCUGCGUGGCCAGCCACGAAGUCCCGCUUAUAACUCGGUGCUGGGCUUCAAGGAGGGUGCCCAAACGGACAUCUUCGGGCCGGCAGGGAGCGCAAGCGGGGGAUCCAAUAUACCGAUCCCGUGGAGCGCUGUAUUAUUAUCCAGCAUUGUUUUGUUUUCAAAUCUCAUUAGCUUGACCUGCAUUUAG